AACCCCUGAACCUCCGACGCUCUAAUUCUUAUACAAAAUUAAUAUUUAUAAAAUUAUCUUUAUUAUUUUACACUAAUUAUAUUACAUGUUAUAGGCCUUGGCUCCUGGACUAGGUUCCCAUGUGCUGCAGAAUUGACUCUUAGAUAGAAUGGUGAAUUGUAAAUUAGUGUGAAAUUAAUUGGUGCUGCUUGUCUGUAUAUGACCUUGAGGUGUGUCUUUAUUAAAUCUUGACAAUUUUGUUCAGAGAUGCAAAAAUAGCAGCUCUAGAGAAGACGUCAGCGGAGUCCGAGCGUCUGAUGGCGGAGGCGCGCUGCGAGAAGAUCCGCCACAUGGACGAGCUGCACUCCGCACAGAAGAAACUCGCUGACCAAGAAAGCAGAGUAAAAGAAUUGGAAUCUAAAGUAGCGGAGCGCGAUGCGAUGAUCAAAGUGCUGCAGAAGCACACUAGCGCCGCAUACGACAGCGGGGCGUCGCUACGCAACAACUCUAGCCGCGAGGAACUCGUGGGCCUGUCGUCGGGCGCGUCGUUCUCCAGCGCGGAGGGCGUGGGCGUGGGCUCGGUGGGCGGCGUGUCGCGCUACCGACAUCUCGCGCGCAGGAACUACUCCCCGCACAAUGACAACGCUAGCGGUUGCGGUUUCGACAGCACGUCGCUGCGGCUGGACGAGCAGCUGGCGGCGCUGGAGUCGCGGCUGGAGCGGCCGCCCGUGCCCGCCGUGAGUUACCUGCCCGCGCCCGCGCCGCCCGCCGCGCCCGCCCCCGCCGACACGCCCCGGCACAACUACUACUGACCCCGCCCCUUACACUAACCCCACCCUUUACACUGACUCCGCCCCUUUACACUGAGACGCCCCCUUUUUAUAUUACAAGGUGGCAAACCACUUGAAAUCGCCGAGAAAGCGAAGUGAUCGCUCUCCAUAUACAUCCGCAAUUGCAGAUGUAUUGCCUACCUCUAAUCAACGGAAAUGGAGGCGCACAUAAAGGAUAUUUCCCCUUCCUAUGCGUCUACACCGUCAAAUUCACUUUUCCUUCCCAUCCUUUCCAUAUAAGAAAAUGUACAGUCGCGGAAAUCCGCGGUGUUUCACUUUAGCAAAAUUGCCUUGUCCAUGGUAACGAGACAGUCCACCUCUUAGAAAUUACAAAUUAGAUAGUGAGUGCAAAUGAAGGAAAGAUAAUAAAAAAAUAGCCUUGUAUCACUAACCGACGGUUUUUUAUACAGAUACAUUUAUAAGCUGCAUUGCAUUGGUGUUUGUUCCGCGUUUUGUUUUAAAAUGUUUAAACGAUUGUGGCUUUUAAGGUGGAACACUGUCAGUUUUCCUGACUGUACUUAUUUGUGUGUAUGAUUCGACUUGUUUUUGGAACAAAAACUAUCUUUUUAAUUAUUUCAAUCAUAUCUUGUAUACUCGAUCUAAAAUUUGCGUUAUUUUUCUAAAAAAAUAGCUUUUUUUAUUUUUGUUAACUAUUUGCUUUAGUAAAACGUUUUGAUCUAAAUUAUUUGCUUGUAUUUUUUUUUACGAUAAAAUGUACGAUUUCUUAUAAUUCAGAUUUCACUGUAUACAUUCCGUUUCUGAUAUUUCAAUGUAACAUUCCUUCAACAACUGAGCUUUCGUGUUUGUGUGAUUUUGUGUGAAGUGAUUAUUCUAACAAGCUUUCUAACAAUUCGCCUUUAUGUCGAAAUAUUGUCACAACUGAAUUAUAAAUGGAUUUAUUGUUUCUGAAAUGAUAUUUAUGAGAUAUCUUUUGUAAAAUUUUUCUUAUAGUAUUUUACACGAUUAAUACAAGGAUAAAUAUUUUAUUACUAAAAAGUAACGAAAUAUAAAAUUUAACGGCAAAUAGGUCUAAAGAAUGUGAUAAAGUAUAUGUUAUUCAUUCAAAAUUUUAUGUAUUUUUUGAAUUUGGACUAAUUGACGAAAUUUAAUGAUAUUUAAUGUGCCUUAAUGUGGUGUACUAUGAUAUUACAGGUGAUAAUAUACAUUCGGUAUAUAGUUUGUAUACAUUUGGUAUACAUUUAGUAUACAUUCGGUAUACAGUUUGUAUACAUUCGGUAUACCUUUGGUAUAUAUUAAGUAUCGGUGCCAAUAACAUUGAGUAACGGAAUCUCGCGAAUACUCCACUAGUCCUAGCAACUAAUUACUUGAAGUGACCUUUUGUUAAUCAUUAAAAAA